GAGAUAAACCAGCGAAAACGCCCCCUUUUUGGCCUGGGAAAGGGAGAAAUAGAUAGGAGCUCGUUGAGAGCGACACUAGCACAGAUACACACGCACACACACACACACACACACACACACACACGUGAUUUAACGAAGAAAAAAGAAAGGGACAGCGUUCAUUGCUGUUGCUGUCGCAGAUGCCGUUUGCAGCGGCAGAAAAGCAUGCCGGUGUCACGAAGCGGCUCUCACAACUCUCCCGCGGAUGCGGCUGGACUGCAUGGAUUACAUGUCUCUACUCCACUACCACGUCACACGGCAAUUCCUCCUCCUGGGAGACAAGACGGGUCUACGGUGUCGUGUCUGUCGUUCCUCGCCCGCAGGGCACGUCUACUUUGUGUUGCGCACAACGGAACUACGCCACAUCUUCUCCCUACGUUGCGCCUCCGCACCACCGCAACAGCAGUGCCGCGAAAAUAGACGCAGAUGACUGGUCCACCAUUGAGGUGGAAGUGCUGAAGCCGGAGGCGGCGCCCGCUUCUUCCUUCACCUCUAGCACCUCCGACGUCUCUGCCACGACGGGCAGCGCCACAAUGACGGCACGCGAAAUCGGUGCGUCGCCCUCGUCCACGCGCACCGAGGCGGUGCAAACCAUCGACGUUGUCGACGCCUACGCGAAGGCGAAAGUGAUGAACUUCAUUCGCCGUCAACAAUCACCGCCACCGGACAGCGGCGAUCGGGGAAGUGCCGGUAAGCCGUCGGCGUCGUCGGCAUCUUCCUCCUUUGGUGCGCCCGUGCCGGGGUUGGAGGUGCGUGAGGUGCAGGGCGUUGAGGGCGGUGCCCCACAGUUUCACGCCCGGUGGCGCCUCCCGCUGCCCCCAGAGUACGGAGAACGCUUCGGCGAGGGCUUUGCGCCGACCGCGAAGGAGGCGGAGAACGUAGCCGCGAUGCAUGCCGAGCGCGUCAUCGACGCUCUUGGCUUCCCGCUCUUUCUCCUCUCAUCGAAACAGCGCAAACACGCUGAAGCGGCAAGGGCGGCGGGGCGGUGGGCGACGUUUCCUCCGGCCUCCCCUUCGGACACGGCCGCGACUGCAGCGGCGGAGCUCGUGCCACCACCCGAGACGCCGUCGCCGCAGCCGCUGCAGCUGCUGAGCAUUUCGGCUCGCGAGCGGCAAGAGCGGCAGCUGCAGAUCAACCACGUAGUGUUUACGCCGGUAGAGAAGGGGGUCUUUUCGCCGCUCUCCUGCACGCUGGCCUCACCCUAUUACUACGACCCGUCGAGUGUGCGCCGCAUCGAAUCUUUUUUCAACGACCACCGCGUCUCCUUCUCACGGUGCCUGCGCUUGGUUCACCUACAAGGGGGUCACGAGAACGACAUCCAUCAGCAGCAACCUCGGCAGCGACACUGGCCUCCACAGCGGAAUUUAUAUCUAGCACAGCUGACUCUGCCGCUGCCACCGCAGUUUGGCAUUCGCGUGGCGAUGGGACGCGGCCCUACGAAGAAGGAUGCCGUUACCCUCGCCUGCAUGCAUGCAGAGCUCAUCAUCGACGCGGUCGGUUUCGCGCUCUACCCAGCCAACCACAAACAGCAGGCCGCGCACGCCGAGGAGUGUGCGCGGGUGCGACGGUGGUGCGCGCCGCCGGGUGACUGCGAUUACCGCUACACCGUUACCUCGCCAGCCCCGCUCGAGCUCGUAGAUAAACUCGAUGCCUCCGCCGCCGUCGCAGCAACAGCAGCAACAGCAGCGGCGGCAAGCGUCUCGGCUGCGUCCCCGGCAUUGAUCAACUCGGAAAGACGCAAAACACGCACGGACGCCAGCGACGUUCGUCGGCACGGCCAUAACGGUUCGCGGCCCGAGGACGAGAGCCGCCCCGACGAUAAGGAUGGCCGCUGUGCUAACCAUGGCGGGCGCACCGACAGCGCUGACAUCGAAGUAGGGACAACGUCGUCUGGCUCCGUCGAGUCGAUUCUCCUGCAGCACCACAAUGCCGUCGCCGCGGCGUCGCACUUUGCGAAUGAGGUGACGAUGCGCGACUACGAAAACGCACGUCUGCUGCUGGAGCGCUACCUCGAACAGUUUGUGCGGCCGGCCCCGCCAGGCGCUGCACCCUAUUCCCCCCCGUCUCCCUCGGAAGCGUCGCCGUUGCGCUCGCUGAUGUUUGUGGAGACGCUCGGGCAGCGAGACCGUCCCUGCUACCGCGCCACCAUCACCGUCCCGCUCGUCGAGGGCGCCACCGCAGCGAAAAGCGUCGGGCAGGCUGAUACGACCGUGACGACGGCGGCGGUCCCUGCUGCUUCACCGGUGGAUGCCCCGCUCUCUUACACGCAGUCGUUUGUCGCGAUAGGCGUCUCGGACGUGCCGCACAUCGCCGAGCUUGCGGCGUCCCUGCACGCGUUGCGCACACUCGCGGCCCUUAACCGACUUACGUUGUUGCGCGGCAGCUCCGCCGUCAUCCAGGCGAUGGAGUCCUUCGCGACGCGAGGUCAUCUCCCGCAGUAUAAGCCAACGCAGCCGAUGCUGGGCCUUGCGGAUGUGCCGCCUGAGAAGCUGCCCGCGGCUGUGCGGGUUAUGGAUGGCGUCAUUGGUCGCAUCGCCGCGGCGGGUCUGACCACCAAGAUGAAAGAGGCACGGGCGCAGGUGUUCACGCCCGGUUUAGUGCUGCCGUCGAGGAAGAGUAACUUAAAAAUGAAGUCUGAGCACGAGCUCCAUGUCCUUCAUCGCCACACACGUGGGGAUUUCCUGCUGAAGGAGCUUCAGCAGGCCCGGUCACGCACGCCGCGCCUAGACUGGGACACAACCGCCGACGCGCAAAAUCGCAUCGUCAUCGCACCCGACACCGAUCCGCAGACCGCGCCGGACUACCUCCACACGUUGUCGUCGGUGCGUAACCCAGAUCGCGGGGUCGCGCUGCGCAUCCGCGACUACCUCGAGCGACACGGCAAGACACGCGAGAUGGUUUGCAAGACGACGCGUGUGCCGGUGUCCGUGAAAGCACCAGAGGAGGGGUACAUGUUUGUGACGACGCUCACACUGCCUCUUCCCGAAGUCAACCGAUGGCGAACGCGCGAGGAAGACGAUGCGGCGGAAGGUGACACGAAGGAGGCGGAGAAGGAGACGACGGCCGCGGAGGGGGCGAUGGUGGCUGCGCCGUCAGCGUCGACCACCACCUUUCCCCUUUCUGCCGCCCAAAUCUCCCUCUCAGGAAGACGGACCUGCAUGGCGCAGGGAGAGGCGCCGACGCGCGAGGCCUCCUUUCUCAUGUGCAACGCACACGCCGAGCUUCUCCUCGACGCACUGGGUAUCCCCCUGUACGACAACUCGGUGCUGCAGUGCAAGCACGUCGACACCGCUCGCUCGCUCGGGCGGUGGGCACCGCUGGUGCGUGGCGCGCUGACGGUCCCCGCUGCCCUGCGCCCUCUCCCGCCGCCGCUGCGUAAAGUGACGUCGUCGAGUGCGCUGUGGGCGCGUGUGCAGCGCGAUCGCCACACCGCCGCGGAGGAGGCGAGCGGCGAAGUCGGCAAAAAUGUGGAUGGGGCGGGGGCGGCGGCUGUUGGCGAUUCUCCGGCGCAAGAAGGGCCGGCCGCCGUGGACGGCAGCGAUGCAACGGCAGGUGAGGUCAACGACGACGACGCGCUCUGCGAUGUGGCUCGCCUGCGAUUUGUGCACCACACCGAAAUAUUCCACUACUCGGUGCGCUACGCCUCGAAGUUUUUUACUGAAAAGGGGCUUGACUUUUUGCGCGCCGUGCGGGAGUACAAGGUGCACCACCCCAAGUACGGCACCGUACACCGUGCUAUUGUGGAGCUGCCGACGCCGCCCAUGUACGGAAAGCGGUACGCCGUCGGUGUCGCCGACUCGAAGCAGCGGGCCCUCCACCUCUGCUCGCAGCACGUCGUGCACAUUCUCGACGCACUCCUCAUUCCACUUCACCACACCAAAUAUGCGCAAUCCCGCUACGCGCACAAGGGCGCUGUCCUGGGACGGAAGGCGCCGCUGCCCUCGGAGGGGCGAGCAGGUCCCAACACGCCGACGCCGCCGGGGUACUAUUCGGUGGAGUUGAGCGAGGCAGCCAACGAGCGACCGCCCGCCAUUCCCGUGUGCCCUACAGCCGAUGCAGCGGAAGAUGAGUUUACGUGGAAGACGUACGUGCGACGCUGCGCCAUUUACCGACAGCGUUGGACGGCCUACAUGGAAAAGAAGGCGGUGUCAUCCCUGCCAGUUCCUGGUGCGCCUCGCUCCCACGUGCCGGUGGAGGAUACCACGUUGGAUCUUGCUGAGGCGGCCCCGUUCCAGCCGCAAGCAGGGCGACAAUUGCGAGAAGUGUGUAGCUUUGCGGGGCUGCCGAACCCGUUAGCAGAGCGCAUUCCCUUCGAAGUGGUGAAGCUCUCCAGGGAGAAGCGCGUCUUUGUGACCACCGCCUCUCUUCAUGGCACCCCGUACACGAUGCGAGGUUUCAGCAGUGAAGGUGGACCGCAGAGCAGGCAACGGGCCUUCAUGCAUGGCGUUCAGCUGGUGCAGCGCGUCGUGCGGAAGAACAAUGAAAUAUGCGUGAAGGCACGAUGGGGUUGGACGGAAGGGAUAGAUCGACGGGUGGGCAUGUUAGACCCACUGAAGGGCGAGAUCACGCACCAUGGGCGUGUGUGGGUGCUGCGGAUGUGGAGUGCGAUGCAUUGCCCGCAGCGAGCGUUGCAGGUGCUUGUGCGCGAAGAAUCUUCGAAGUCCAAUGGAGCGGCAUUAAGGGACAGCACCUGUGGGGCGGCUGCUGAUAACGACGCGUCGACAUCAAACAUGAAGGAGGCACUGCACACGAGAGCAGCAACUCCCUCUUCCCACGCCGAACACAACGAAUCUGCUCCAAGUUCGGCCGAUGGGGAGGGAGAAGCAGUAGAGUUGAAUAGGCCGCAGUACUACGCAUCUGUGUCUGUUGUGGAGGGCAGCCGAGCGGAACUGCCGAAGGUACUGUUAAAGGAGUCGUGCGUAGCUACUGGUUUUAACGGCGCCGCCGCCGUACAAGGUGCUGUGCACCGGGUUUUCCUUCAACUUCAGAGAUCGCCAACCAUGCAAGCCCUUCAUCGCUUUUUGUCCCACCAGCCGCAGCUGCACCUUCCCUCACUGCGAACCUUACGAGACACGGACAACAUUGUCCGUCAACUACCACUUUUACUUUCGCCACUUGUAGCGGAGGCGGGAUCUUCUGCUGCCGUUGAUCCCCCUUCUCUUCAAUCGAGUAGCGGCGAGUCCUGUUGGGCCCUACCCACGUACAGUACAUGGCCGGUUAAGGUCUUGCUACGUUGGGUGCAUGCACACGACAGUGCAGGGGAGCUUGUGCCCGCCGCCAUGAACCUUCCUUGCACCCUUGCACCGCUUUUCGCGUCGUACGGGCUUGUUGCAGCGGACGCCGCUUUGUGUCGUGGCAGUGGUGAAGGGAGAAGCGAGUUGCACACCGAUAGCGCUGGUGGCGCGCCUUCGUGUUUGGCUGGUGUGCUGGCCUUGCUGUGUCGAUGCUUACCCCAACCCUUUGCAGUUGCAUCAACUCUCUCAUCCGCAUCUUCAUCGGCCGACCCCGCACUCGCUGUGUCGAACGCGGUCGCGCGUGACCGCGCCUUGCCACUGCAGUUGGCGCAUGUUCUCCUCAUGGGUCUGUUGCUGGACUGCGUGCCCUGGGCGGUGCGGCUGGUUGCCAUGGUCGUGUGUGCCGAGGAGACACUGGGGUGGUACACCGCAGCACGACUGGCACUACGGCUGCCUGAGGUGGACACGCAGGCGAACCCGGCAGCAACCGAAAUGUGGUCGCGCAUGAGUGUGGAUGUGGUGGAGGCGGUGCUUCUCUCGGCAGACCCCGCAACGCUGCCGCUGCCGGCGUCGGUGAUGUCGUACGCGCGCGCUGUGUCGCAGCGUCUGCGUUGUGUGUCGACAGAUGUACAGAGCGGCUUGAAGGAUGCAGAGGCAAAUCCCGAAAACGCGUACAAUACAGACGUGGAGAGCCGGCACCGGGGGAUCGAUGCUGCCUGGCUGCAUCAAGCAGAAGCAUUGCUGAGGAACAUGAAGGACGGGCAUGACAGUGGGUCAGCGCCUUUGCAGCAACUGUCGAUGCAGGAGACAUGGCGGCUCCGCUCCCUGCUGCGAUGCGCUGUGGUCGCCUCGGUCGCUCCCCAGGAGGUGUGGGUGCGCGCCGGUGGAGCGGAAGACUUUGUACGCAACCUUUACCACGAUGAGGCGGAGGAGGAGGAAUUCAAAGAUGGCGAUGGUGCCGGAGAGGCAGCAGACCGCGACGAUGACGACGACGAAGAAACAGCAGGGCGUACUCCAACUUCCGAGGAAUUAUUUGUCUUUCAAGGUAGGCGCUCGGCCCCGCUUGCCGCCCUCUGCGUGAAUGGGAUGGACCUCACUCGCAGCGACGCCGACUCACUGCACACGCUCUCCUCCAUGGCCGCCUGCUUUGUCGCUUUUGGCUGUGCGGUAGAGCCUGUCGCAAGGCGUGAACCCGCCAUCCACGACGCGACUGCGACGCCCGUCUCCACUGGUGCGACGCUGUCGGCUGCCCGGAGUCCUUCGCACUGUGCGGACUCAGCAGCGGCGACGGAGGACGAGGACGAGGACGAUGGCAACGGCGACGGCAGCGAUGCCGCGGAGACAGCCGAAGACGACACCUUCGAGAAAGAUGAGGAAGAGUACGGAAGGGAUGUGCGAGGCAAAGCGAUCGAUGCGGUGUGCUUCACCAGGGUCCUUGGCACUUGUGUUACGCCGCUGGCGGCUAUGGUGGUCGGACAGGACACGAUUCGUUCCUUGUCUACGUCUUCGCCCACGAGCGCGUCGACGGCUACAACCGGUGGCGGCGCCCUUCGGCCUGCGGGUGAGGAUAUGCCUUUUUUGAUGACCGCGUUUCAGGGCACGGUGCCGCUGCUUGUGCACGACGGCAAGUCCGUUGAAGCGUUGCAGCAGCUGUCAGCGCACUUCCGCGCGCGGGUCGUGCGCGUGAGCCCGUUUACGGAUACCGAAAGAGCGGCGCUAUGCCAGCUCGUCUCCUUACCGGUGGAGGCCGUUCGAGACGAUGGCGUUGACGACGCAUGA